AAAAUUCUAUUGGGGUGUUCAAGGGAGCUCUUCUCAGUGAUUCUUCUCCUGAGCUUUACAGAUCCUGCAAAAAAGGGCGCAAUGCUUCCAAGAAGGACUCUCAAGGCCUUGAGAUAUUGUCUUUUGCUGUUGCUCAUGGUCAUCCUGCCUGCACUGCCUGCAUAUGAUGUCCCCAAUGUGGCCCUCACCAGAGAGGCUUUACAAUCCAGCACCUACAACCUACUCGGAGUUGCUAGCAAUGCCAUUGAUGGGUCUACAUCAGGUGAAUUUGCUGGUGGAUCAUGCACCCACACAGAUUUUGAAAGUAAUCCAUGGUGGAUAGUGGACUUAGAAGCAGAGUAUCAAGUAUUCCGUGUAAGCAUCAGCAAUCGGGAAGACUGUUGCGAGUAUCGUCUAAAUGGGGCUGAAAUUCGAAUUGGGAACUCCACAGAGAGAGGAGGCACCACAAAUCCUAGAUGUGCUACAAUCAUGGCCUUGGGCUCUGGGGAAACACACAGUUUUUACUGUGAAGAUUCAAAAGGACGGUAUGUGACUGUUACCCUACCAAGGGCAGAAUACCUCACACUUUGUGAAGUCCAAGUCUUCGGUCAGAAGAUAGAUUCUACCACUGAAUUUGAGCCAGAGCAUAGCAAGCCAUCCAAAUCACAAUGGGAACUGGAGCAUGGAGAACAAUCCCAGAUGUCUGCUUUCAAUGUGGCUCUCAAAGGAAAGGCGUUUCAGUCCAGCAUCUACAAUGCACUUGGAAACCCUGAAAAUGCCAUUGAUGGGUCUACAUCUGCUGACUUUCUCCGUGGCCAGUGCACUCAGACUGAGCUAGAAAUUAAUCCAUGGUGGACAGUAGAUCUGACAGCAGAGUUUCGAGUGUUCAGAGUUAGCAUCACCAAUCGAGGAGACUGCUGUGCAAAGCGGAUAAAUGGGGCCCAAAUCCGAAUUGGAAACUCACCAGAAAAAGGGGGAAUCAUGAAUCCAAGGUGCGCUACGAUCAGUUCACUGAAAGGAGGGCAAACAGGCACUUUUGAUUGUGGAGAAAUGCAAGGACAGUAUGUUACUAUUACCACCCCAGGCAUUCGGAUCCUCUCCCUUUGUGAAGUUCAAGUGUUUGGUGUAAAGGUAUCUUCCUCAGGAGAUUUCAGCAAUGCUAAUGAAACAGAGACCUCGCCUGGAAUGACGAAAGAAGCAGAAGUAGUUUCUUCACCAAUUGAACAAUGGGUAAAGCCAAGAAAACCGACCCAGCCAUGGGAAGAGAAAAAAGGGCAGUGGGAAGUCUACUCAACUGUCUACAAUGCGGCUCUCGAUGGAAAGGCAUUCCAGUCCAGCUCCUACAACAAGCUAGGAUCCGCUAAGAAUGCCAUUGAUGGCUCUACAUCUUCUGACUAUUUGCGUGGACAAUGCACUCACACACAAAAAGAAGCUAAUCCAUGGUGGACAGUGGACCUUAGGAUGAGAUUUGUAGUGGUCAGUGUAGUUAUCACCAAUCGAGGAGACUGUUGUGCAGAACGGAUAAAUGGUGCUGAAAUCCGAAUUGGGGACUCAGAAGAUGAAGGAGGCAUCACAAAUCCUAGAUGUGCCACCAUUACUUCACUGCAUUUGGGGGAAACCCAGAAAUUUCAUUGUGAAGGAAUGUCAGGACAGUACGUGACUAUUACUGUUCCAGGUGAAGCCAAAUAUCUCUCCCUCUGUGAAGUUCAAGUUUUUGGUCACAGGAAAAUGCCCUCAGUUCCCAAUGUGGCCCUUGAAGGGGAGGCAUUCCAGUCCAGCACCUACAACAAACUAGGAUCCGCAGAGAAUGCCAUUGAUGGCUCCACCUCAGUUGAUUUUAUGCAUAGGACAUGCACUCACACAGAACAAGAGAUGAAUCCAUGGUGGGCAGUGGACUUGAAGGCAGAAUUUAAUGUGUCUAGUGUAAGCAUCACCAAUCGAGAGGACUGUUGUGCCAAGCGGCUGGAUGGAGCUGAAAUCCGGAUUGGGAACUCAUUUGAAAAUGGAGGCUCCACAAAUCCCAGGUGUGCCACUAUCACCUACCUAGGUGCUGGAGAAACCCACAAUUACGACUGUAAAGAAAUGAAAGGGCAGUAUGUAACAGUGACCAUCCCAGACAUUCAGAUUCUUACAUUGUGUGAAGUCCAAGUAUUUGGUGUAAGGGUGGAUUCGCCUGGUGAUCCAGAUAUUUCACCUUAAAAGAAGGAAGUAUCUCCUUGGCAAAGCUUUUGUUUUCCUGAUGAAAAAGGCAAAACCCAUGUUGUCUUGAGUUCCACAGGACUGUACCGACACAUUUAUUCUUUGCAAAAGGAGAGCUAUAGAGUCACUGACUAAUCAUGAAAUCACUUUUAUUUCCUAUUGUACCAAGUACUACAAUGAAUUCAAUGUCUGGCAAGAGACAAAGGCACCCUUGAUUUAGACCUGAAUAUUUCCAGAGCUCACUAACUCUUCCUCCCCCUGAGCACUUAUGCGAAUGAUAUGACUUGGGAAUAGCCAUGUGAUCCCAAUAGAUUUGGGAUCUGGGAAUGGCCAUGCAAAUAAGACCACCUGAAGAGUGUGUAGUUCAGGAUACUAGAUAUGACUGAAUGGUGUCAGUCUGGGGCAAGACUCCAGCAUUUUCUGGGAUUGCUCUGAUAAGAAUAAACACUUUGAGAAAUAAGUGUCGUUGGGCUGUGUGACGCCCUUCCCUGGCUCUUCCUGUCAGGUUCCUACCUGUGCGUGGCUACUGCCUGUCACUAGGCACCACCAGGGACUCCACCAGUCCGGACUGUCCUUUUUUAUUGUUUCUCUCCCCGCUCUAGCACAGAUCUCAACAGAUCCCCCUGCUAGGCAACCACCAGUCACGUCCUAAUACUAGUAUUCCCAGAGACUCUGAAUACUGGUAUUGUUAUUCUCUUCACCGCUGCCACCAUUUGUUACAGUUUCCCUUCAGCCUUGGUCAUUACCUUACCCUCCCUUCUGGUCUGUGAAACCCCAGCCAAGGAUCAGGUCUUUGGUAAACCAAAUUAAGUAUUUAUUAAAGAUAACAAAGCUAACAAGAUUAACAAGAUUUCUUCUUAAUGCACAUAAGCGUAUGGUUUUACUCAAUACUAAUCCGAACUCCACCCCCCUCCUUCUCCACUCUCUCCUGGUAAACCACUCUCUCAAACCCACCAAACAACCCACUCUUUCUCUUCUCCCCCCAGAUUCCACUCUCACUCUUCCUUUUAUACGUUCAGCCAUUUUAAACAUUCAGCCAAUCAUCUAGCAUUCUACUGCCCAUUCACUCCCCCUCCUCUUUCACUCCACUUACCAUGUAUCUUCUAAACAACCAACACUUACCAUAUAUACAUUAAUAUAGGAACAUCACAGGCUGCUUCAGCUAUGAUAGUUUCCUUAAAUGUAAAUAUAUUUGCAUUGCCCUGAACUGUGUAGGGAGCCCAGGAGAGUGCCAGCCUGGAACCCUCAUUCAGGUGUUUAGUUGGACCUCUGACAUGGUGACCAAAUGUGAAUAUGGUGGUGAAUCUGACACUCAGACAAUGUCAAGAACGGAUCUUCUGGGAUCUGUGGACAGCUAUCCCAUGUGGUGAGCCACUGAACUGCAGGUGACAGCUUUUUGGUGAAGUACCCACAGGUCCUGGAGUGACUCUGCCCAGGAAGGCUGGCCACUGGGUCCUCAUGGUCAGGAAUCAGCAUAAGAAGUCUUCCUGUUCCAGUUGAGCCUUGAUUUAGCAACAGUCUUCCUGGCCUCUGGUGUGUUCCUGUAUUCAUGGUUGAUCUUUGAUCUUUACUUCUGGCUUGCCCCACAGCUUCUUGUUCCUGAAUCAUCUCAGACUGCCACCCAUAGCCCAGUCCUGACAAAGAGGAACAUACAGGAACAUUUCCUAAUAGCUAUCCUUGCAUUUAGGGAACCACCAUGGCUCUUUAUCUUACUACUGCUCAUUAUUGAGGAUGUCUGUCUCUGUUUUUCAUUUUCAAAAAAGGUUAUAGACUAAAAAUGUGACUGUCCCAGCAAAAUUGUAUUCUGAAUGUAUUACAGAUCAACUUUUUCUGAUUUCUUUUUAUCUUUCCACGUUUAUAUGUACUGUGGAGCAAUAAGAAAAAGAAAUAAAGAUACCAGUGUUUCUUGUAUUGACAGAUAAAAUACAGCAGCCUGUG